AUGGCAACCCAAACAGCUACCGAGUUGCAGAUACUCGAGCCUACUAUUACCAUGCCAGCGUCUGCGUCAAGUAAAAGCUAUCGGCCUCCAACAGAGCUAGGAGCGCCUCUUACGGGGCCCACCCCACACCAGGAGGUGGCGACGGCUUCCCUGCUCCCCAAGGGUCGGGCUGUCAUUGUCAUCACCCAAGUUACUGGCCUGGCGUUCUUCAGCAGUUUCUGCAAUGGCAUAGUUGUUGUCGCCCUUCCCGCUAUGCAGUCCGCGCUGGGCCUGCAGGAGGGUCUGCUGGUCUGGGCCACCUCUAGUUAUUACCUUACUGCGGGCUCAUGUCUCUUAUUGGCAGGCUCCGUUGCCGACGCCGCCGGAAACAAGCGAGUAAAUCUCGUUGGGUCUUUUCUUGGCGCCAUAUUCGCUUUGGCCUGCGGCCUGGCCCGGACCGGAGGGCAGAUCAUAGCUUUCCGCGCCCUUCAAGGUGUCGCUAAUGCCAUUGUUACCCCUUCGUCUAUUUCCAUCAUUUCGAGUAGCGUGGAGGAGGGAAGACCACGCAAUAUGGGGUUUGCCUGUAUGGGGUUUGGUUUACCGCUCGGUUUUUGUUUUGGUUUAGUCCUCGGUGGUGUGUUCACUGACACCGUUGGAUGGCGCCCAGCCUUUUACUUUGCUGCUGCUGCCAGUUUCGCCUUGUUUCUCCUUAGCAUUUGGGCUUUGCCAGAGGAUUCUCGACCACAAGGCAGUCAAUCAAUCUGGAAAAGAGCAAUAUUGGAGAUAGACUGGGUUGGGAUUCUCCUGGCGAGCUUGGGAUUGGCAACCUUGUCCUAUGUUUUGGCAUCGCUAUCAUCUGAUAUUAGCAACAUACAUAAGGCAUCGAGCAUCGCAUUACUGGUUAUAAGUGGCUUGUCGAUCCCGGCCUUCGCCGGAUGGAUGCAUCGACAGGCUAAGAACAGCCGCACAGCAUUAAUCCCUAACUCGCUCUGGCGUAGUCAUGUCUUCACCAGUUGCUGUGUCAUGGUCCUUCUCACCAACGCCCUUACGAACUGUAUGGAACUGUACAGCAGUUUAUUCUUUCAAGAGGUCCAAGGCACCUCAGCUCUUGGGGCAUCACUACGAGUUCUCCCAUCUCUGAUCGCUGGUGCUCUCACGAAUAUUAUAACCGGCAUCCUUGUGAACCGCAUGCCAGUGUUUUGGACGGUUUUGAUCUCCUCGGCUAUGAGUACCGUUGCACCACUUCUGAUGGCCCUCAUUCGGACUGACCAGGUGUAUUGGGAGAACGCUUUUUUCGCACAGAUUCUCACUCCCAUUAGUUGUGACCUCCUCUUUAUUGUAGGCCUGCUCAUUAUCUCCGAAAUCUUCCCCAAGAAUAUGCAGGCUCUAAGCGGUGCCGUGUUCAACACGUGCGCGCAGCUCGGCACAGCGAUUGGACUGAGUGUGACCCAGGUCAUAGCCUCAUCUGUGACUAACAAGUAUUCUUACUCCAACUACAAUUCUCCCGGCGCUCUCAUGGCAGGGUACAGAGUUGCCUUCUGGACGAUGUGGGGCUGGAUGGUGUUCGUUUGCCUGGUCUGUGUUGUAGGAUUGCGUCGAGUUGGAGGAAUUGGUGUCAAGCGGGAUUAA